GAGAGAGAGCUCUUACCCUCCAAGAAAUCCUAGGUAAGAGCUAAAAAGUGCUUUAAAUUUGUGAUAUAUAAAACUCUCUUUCACCUCAAGCUAAAAAAAAGGUUCAAGGGUUGCAAAAAAUGGCCAUGGCAAUUAUUAGUGAAUCAUCUUUAGCCCUCAUUCUUGUGUUGUCAGCUGUGGUUACCUGCAAUGGUGCCCCUCUUCCUCAAGCUGACCAAACCAUUUUUAGUGUCAUGAAUUUUGGUGCCAAACCUAACUCAGAACUUAUAAGCACACAGGCAUUUAUGAGGGCAUGGCGUGCUGCUUGUGAUUUCAAUGGGAGAGCAAGAGUUUUUGUCCCUCCAGGAGUUUAUACACUAGGAGAGACCAGUUUUGCAGGACCAUGCAAAGGCACACAUCCUAUAAUACUUCAAAUUGCAGGAACCUUAAAGGCAGUGCCUGAUGUUUCUGAAUACUCGAACUUUGCUUGGAUCUCAUUCGAUUCUAUUAAUGGUGUAAUCAUUACUGGUGGAGGCACUCUAGAUGCUCAAGGCAAAUCUGUUUGGCAGUUUAAUGACUGUAAAACUAAUCCUGAUUGUGUCCAUCUCCCUGCCACCUUACACUUCAAUGGUAUAGAGAACGGAAAAGUGAUGAGGUUGAAUUUGAUAAAUAGCAUGGGAUUUCAUUUACAUAUUACUAAUAGCUAUUUGGUAAGGUUCCAUGGUCUUACCAUUGAUGCUCCUGAAGACAGCCCAAACACUGAUGGAAUACACAUAAGCAAGUCCAACACAAUAAAACUCUCCAGGAGUGUCAUUAGGACUGGCGAUGAUUGUGUUUCAUUCGGACAGGGAACAAACAAUGUCACCGUUAACAAAGUCACCUGUGGCCCUGGUCAUGGCAUUAGUGUAGGUAGUCUUGGUAAGUUGCCUGGCGAAUUGGAAGUUAGAGGACUCAUUGUGAAGAAUUGCACAUUGAAAGGCACCACAAAUGGUAUCAGAAUCAAAACUUUUGCUGGAGCAAUUCCCAACAGAGCAUUUGGGAUGAUGUUCAGUGAUAUUGUUAUGGAAAACGUUAAAAAUCCAAUCGUCAUUGACCAGAGUUAUGGUGACAAAUCAACCGAGCCAUCACAAGUGAAAAUAAGUGAUGUAAUUUACCAGAACAUAAGGGGCACAACAACCAGUGACAUAGCAGUUCAUCUAGUGUGCAGUUCAAAACUCCCUUGCCAAAAUGUUCGACUCACCAACAUAAAUUUGAAGCAUAUAGCCAAUACACCAAUUACUUCUCAAUGUGAAAAUGCAAAUGUUGGCUAUACUGGCUUACAAAUUCCACCACCUUGUCAUCGACUCUCUUCAUAGUACCUGUUCUUUUCCUUUUGGGAGAAAGGAAACAAUGGAGAAAAUGUUGAUGUCUAAUCUGAUCAAUGUCACCAUACAAAAUAAACAAGAACUGAAGAAAAUGUGGGGGAAAAACAAAAAAAAAAAUGGUAUUGUAGAUAAAAAGAUAGGUGCCUCCCACCACCAACACCUACAAUUUAGUGGUAUCAAUAGAAGUCUUCCGCACAAUAGGUGUGGAUUUAAUUCUCAUUGUUCUACUUUCCUCUUCGGCACCCCUGAUUCCCCAAUGUAAUAGAAUUUUUUUAAAGAAAAAUUGCCCCCACCUCUUCUAUUUUUCGCUCUCCACUAUACGCGAGCCCACCCUUACCUUCUGUGAGUUCGUAGUAUUUAGUUAUGGUAGUUAGGAGUUAGAUCUAGCUGACCCUUAAGGAUUUGUA